AGCUUUACGGCACUUAAAGUGGCGCCCAGGUGCUCCCAUUUAACCAAAUGAGCAUCUCAUCAUUGAGGAGGUUUUUGCGGUUUGGCUGGAAAACUAAAGUAAACUUUGGCACGCCAGAACGAAAUUAAAACCAUGUUUUGUUGUGUGAACAUACUACCGGCUCCACUACAGGUGUGCAUGGGACUGUGCCUCCAGCAAGACAUCACAGAGGACGACAAAAAGGCCAAACUGCAGAACUCCAAAAUAGAGCAAGACCUUUCUGAACAGGCCAGGAUGGAGACUAACGUCGUCAAAAUCCUUCUGCUGGGAGCUGCAGAGAGCGGGAAGAGCACACUCAUCAAGCAGAUCAAGAUCAUCCACAGUCAUGGCUUCUCCAAACAAGAGCUCAUCAGCUUCAAGCCUGCAGUCCUCGACAACCUUCUCACCUCCAUGAAGUUUGUCCUCCGAGGAAUGGGAAUGCUGAGGAUAAACCUGGCAAGCAAAAAGAACAAGAGUCACGCCCGUGCCAUCCUGUCCUGUCGUCGGUGUUUGGGGGACGACCACGAACUGCUUCCCUUUGUGGCUCACGCUUUCUGUGCACUUUGGGCAGACCUGGGGGUCCGAGCGGCUGCAGCCAGAGGUUUUGAGUUCGAGCUGAACGACUCUGCACUCUACUUCUUCGAGAACAUAAGUCGAAUCAUCGCUCCCAACUACGUCCCCACUGAGAGAGAUGUUCUCAGAGUGAGAGUAAGGACCUGCGGAAUCAUGGAGACGCAGUUCCAAGUUAAUGAUGUCAUAUUCCGCUUGUACGAUGUUUGCGGGCAGCGGAGCGAGAGGAGAAGAUGGCUGAGCUGUUUUGACUGCAUCCAAGUCGUGCUGUUCCUCGUGGCCCUGAGUAGUUACGACAUGUCGCUCCCGGAAGAGCCGACAGUGAAUCGGCUGCAGGAAAGUCUGGAGUUUUUCACAUCGGUCUGCGCUAACCCUGUCUUCAAGAGCACCUCAGUGAUUCUGUUCAUGAACAAAACGGACCUUUUCCAAGAGAAGAUCCUCCAUUCCGGAAGACACCUGAGACUGUACAUGGCCAGUUUUAAAGGAGCAGAUGCCGAUGUGGACGCCGCAGCUCAGCACAUCACUUCCAUGUUCUCAGCUUCCAACGGCAGAGUGGACCAACCCGUGUUCCAUCACUACACCACAGCCACGGACACCGCCAGCGUCCGGGUGGUCUUUCAGAUGCUCAUCGACCAGAUCAUUAGGAAGAACCUCGCAGAUGCUCAGCUACUCUGAUUUUAAAUAACACAAGUUCAACUGCCAUGUUUUCAAUCAUUUUUAAAUA